ACUAGUCACUACGUACGUCCCUACUCGAGUAAGCAUGGCGAUGGGUACCCCACCACUAGUUGAUGUGCUAUCGCCGCUCGACCCCGAGGAAUUCGCCGUGGAGUCGCGCGCUGCGGUUGACUUCAUCGCGCGCUACUACCGCGAUAUCGAGAAGUAUCCGGUCCGGUCAGAAGCCGAGCCAGGUAGCCUUCGCAGGCUUCUAUCCGAUGAGCCACCGGAAAACGGUGAGCCCAUGGAUGGAAUACUGGCGGACGUACAACAAUACAUCGUGCCAGGACUGACACACUUCCAGAGCCCCAACUUCUUUGCCUACUACCCAUUCAACGCGAGCACGGCGGGGUUCGUCGGCGAGGUCCUCUGUGCCGGUCUCAACGUUGCACCGUUCACAUGGGUUGCCUCACCGCUCGCGACCGAACUUGAAGGCGUCAUGAUGGACUGGAUAGGCAAGCUGAUGGGCCUUCCAGACAGUUUCCUCUUCUCCGGCGGCGGUGGUGGGGUGCUGCACGGAAGCACCUGCGAAGCCGUGAUCUGCACGCUUGUCGCCGCACGCGAUCGAGCGUUGAACAGGCUCACCCAUGAAGGCAUCCUCAAAAUGGUGGUCUACGCCUCAGAUCAGAGCCAUAGCACCUUCCAAAAGGGUGCGAAGCUGGUCGGAAUUCCACCAUCAAACUUCCGAGUCAUCCAGACGUCGGCGGCAUCCAGCUACGGCCUAACGUUGGACGGUGUCCGCAACGCGGUCGAGGCUGACAUAGCCAGGGGGCUUGUGCCACUGUACCUGUGUGCAACAGUUGGGACGACCGGUGUCGGAGCGGUUGAUCCGGUGGGUGAGCUUGGUGAGUUGGCACAACACUACGGAAUGUGGCUACAUGUUGAUGCUGCAUACGCCGGUAGCGCGUUGAUCUGCCCCGAGUUCCAGGAUUGCAUCCAGGGUGUCGGGCUCGCGGACUCCGUGAGCAUGAACCCGCAUAAGUGGUUCCUCACCAACAUGGACUGUUGCUGCCUGUGGGUUACCAGCCCAGCCGUGCUUACCUCCGCACUCUCUAUCACUCCAGAGUACCUCAAUGAUAUCAGCCAUGGAAGUGUGGCGAAGACGGAUAUGAUCGAUUACAAGGACUGGCAGAUUGCAUUGACACGCAGGUUCCGAGCCAUAAAGUUGUGGGUGGUGCUACGCAGAUACGGCGCUGUGGGCUUACGAGCGAACAUCAGGAGGCAUGUCGAGAUGGCCAAGUGGUUUGAAUUGGCGUUGAAGGCAGACGAUCGAUUCGAGGUCAUUGUGCCGAGGAGAUUCUCCCUUGUGUGCUUCCGCUUCCGCCCAAGGUAUGAGGGUGACCACACAGUGGACGCCUUGAACCGUAAGUUUCUCAAUGCGGUGAACGCGAGUGGGAAAGCCUUCAUGAUACACACUAUCGUGGACAACAAGUGCGUUAUCCGUCUGGCAAUAGGUGCUACCAUGACGGAGAUGCGACACAUCCGUGACACGUUUGAGCUGGUUCAGGAGAAAGCCACCGAAAUAGGACAGGACCGUGACUAGUGUAGUACUCUCUCCCUCUCUCUGUAAACUAAUAUAAAAGCGUUUAGAUCACUAGUUUACAGAGGGAGUACUACACAUGAUAUCCCGUGCCUCUGCGUUGUUGCACAAUCAAUCAUAUACUUAGUGAUUAAAAUAACCACAUAAAAUAAAGGAUAUUGUAACUGCAUGCAGUGUAUCUAGUAAAAAUAAGCUUUAAAUAGCAGGCAUCGAUCGCUUUGUCAGUUUGGCUUGAGCAUA